CUCUGCACAGCGAAAGGCAUCCAGCUCCAGGCACACAACCUCUCUGAGCACCUCUCCAGGAACAUGCUGGGCUCCCAGCAGGGACCAGGAACAGGGCAUAGGGCCAACUCCUCCGGAGGCUGGCCUCAAGCCCGGGCAGGGCCCUUGCGCAUGCCCACGCUUCCCCCACAGAGGACUGCCCAGGGCGGCAGUGAAGGUUGCUGGUGACAGAUGACGUUGGUGGCCCGACUAAAGUGACCCUAGACACACACUGCAGAUUUCGAAAUUGUUUUUAGCUGCAAACACACAAAAAAAGAGCCGUAUGCUACACUCAAAGCAGUACACCUGAGUGCCAGGAGGCCAGGGGACACUGGGGUCAGGAGAGCAGGGCACCACUGGCUGCCAGGAGGUCAAGGGACCCUCAGAGGGCCUGACACAGAGAGGAAACAACAGGACACUGGGAUGUCGUCAAGGCAGCCCCACCUGGCUCCCUGCGGGACUUGGAACCUUUAAACUCUUCCCCACUAUGGCCUUCACUUUCCCCAUCUGGAAUAGGAUGGACUGUACCAGGCGAGAUUUUUUUUAAUUGUUAUUUAAUAAAGAUAUGUUAAGAUGCUGGUCGGGUGGGCACCACCUUCUUGCCUGCCCUCCCGUUGUCCCACUUGCGAAGACGUUUGCGGUGGGAGGAGCUCACUGUGGCUGCACCAGCACCGGCCAGCGCAUGCGCCUGGGAGCCGCCAGCAAUGCCAGUUUGGGUCACAACAGGGUUGCCCAUCAGGCGCCGCUUAGGGCCCUGCAGGGGUUCUGACAACCGCCCCAUGAAGGCCGGGAAGGAAUCUCACAGGGCCAAGGACUUUGGGGGUCCAACAGCUGUGAGUCACUCUCGGCUCCCUGCCUCUGGACACGGUGACACGGGGACACCAACCUUGCCUUGGGUGCUAGGGUGGGGUGAUGGUCUCCACUCCUUUAGCUCGUCCUGAAGAGGCAGGUGAACCGUCUGGCACGCAGGAGCGCACGUGGAUGGCUCAGGUCUGGGCGUCCACGAGGCCCGCAGCCCCGACCUCGGGGAAGGCCGGAAACACACACAGGUGCGCGCGGGAACCCGCCAGGUGGAGACCCUCAGGGCUCGCCCCUCGCGCGCUCCGCCCUGCGCCUGCGCCGCCACAGAGCGACAGGUGCAGGCCGCGCACAGGUGGGGUCGGUUCACCUGCCUGGUCUGCGGGCGGCGCCGUGGGUGCUUCUGGGAGCCAGCUUUGGGUGCGGCAGCUGCGUCUUCGCGUGGAGGCAGGAUGGAGUCCGGGGCACAGGGCGCAGGGGCUCGGCCCUUCACCAGCAAGAACGAUGUAUACGCGGUUUCUGGGCUGAGCUCCUCUGAGGAAGACGAAGGCCCUUCUUCACGGGGCCGUAAGCCGCCCUUGAGAAAGGUCCUGAAGCACAGCCACCUGCAGGUAGCCUCCCCCAGCCUGCGCAGGAGGCCAGCGGGCCACGUUCCCUCCCACCCGGGAGACAGCCCUGAGGCUGGGUCCCCACUACCUGCACGCCUCUCCUGGAACCCCCCGGGCCCCCAGGCGGGGCUCAGCUCCACAGCCGCCCUCCAGACCCCGCGGCUUUCUAACAUCCGUGCCUCCAGGGCAGCCAGCAGGCAGCCAGGGCCCAACCCAGACCCGCAGCCUCCCCAGGAAGACCCGCCCGCACGGGCAUCAGUCACCUGGGGGCGGCAGCAGAGAACAGAGGCCCGGGGAGCAAGGAGCUGGCCUCCACCUGCGGGGUUGCCCGGGAUUCCGGACACAGCCCAGAAGAGGAAGCGGGAACUGAAGAAGCCGGCAGCUGUGAUGGAGCGGGUGAGGCAGUGGGAAAUCCGCCUGCUUCAGGACAUCGAGGAGGCCACUCAGCACGAGCUCACCAUUGAGGACGACUGACCCUCAGGGCUGGGGCCAUGAGGCAGGGGCUCUGGAGCUCCACCUUGGCCUCCCUGACUUGUCCGGCCCUCCCUCCAUCUGUCCGUCUGUCUGCAAACUGCAGCCCUCCUCAGGGCUUGCCCAGGUCCCGCUUGGACCACUGCCCUCCCCACGAUGUGCCUCUCAACUCGGUUAGGGGCCAGUGAACGAGGCUCUCAGGCACCAGCAGAGCGCAGGGCACACGGUGGGGGGGACAGGUGAGGUGGAGGCCCACUGCGCCACCCUGGGGGCGCCCGCCCCCCCGCCCCCCACCAGCUUCCCCAGCACAACCCAGGAACGGGAUGACAUUUUGUACGGAGAGACCAGGGAGCGUGGCGACCCAGCUGCCCACACAGGGCUGGGGCCACACACCCAGCGGGCUCAGGAUGCCAUUCUGGGAGAGUCAGACCCUGGGACUCUGAGUGGGAGGCGGGUUGGGCGGUUUCCAGGUGCUGGUUUAGGUGGGGGUGGGGGUGAAGAAUUCAACCCCUGGCAGUAGUACAGGACGUCCCUGCCCCAUCCCUGUGCAGCGCCACGCUCCCCCCGAAAAGCCGGAGGUGCUUACACCCUUGUGCCGUGGGGGGUCGCCCGGGGCGUUCGAGCUUCUGCGGAAAACCCGCGGCAGCCUCCCGGUGCACACGCCUCAGGCACGUCUGCGUGUGGACACGGCAUGGUGAUAGAUACAGAGCUAGAUUUUCGUCUGAUGCCUGUGUUCUCCCCCCACUUUAUUUAAAAAUGCUUGGUGCUUUGUUUAGUUUUUUCCUCCUGAAAACGAAAAGAGAGUGUUUGUUGCCAGCCCUACCCUCCAGGCCUGGAGGCGGUGGCCUCGCUCCCAGGCACGCAGAUCAAGCUUACCACUAGACAGAGUCCGAAGGCACCCCUACAGCAGGGCGCCCCAACAGAAUCACAGACGGGAUGGACCCAGGAGGACGCAGGGGAGGCCAGGACCUGCGAGGUCGAGAACCGUGCUCUCCCUGUGUCUGUUUGGAGGUUUCCAACAAGGAAGGAGGGCAGUCCUCACUAGGUUGGGGGGAAGGGGGAGACAAUGGGCCGCAGGGGAGAGGGGGUGCAGUCACUGGGUGAGUCACUUCGAAGGGCAGCUGCUGCUGUUGCGGACGUGUGGGAAGAGCGGGCUUACUGUCCAGGGGCUUACACAGUCCUGAGUGUCCCCAGCCAGUUCUUCCUUCACAAGCUGACUUUUCAACAUGUGCUCUCUUCCUUUGUUAUAACACUUAUUAUUGGGUUAUGGAAAUGACAGGUGUAUGAAUUCUUCCAAUACAACACAAAAGUGUAAAGCAAAAGGCUGCCUAGAGUUGCAUACCAUGAAAUAAAUACUUCUGUGCGAGCCCUUCGCACCUUUAGUGCCGGAAGUAGGUAAACAGUUCUGAGCGUCUGUGUCUGAUGCCAAGUGAUUCCGAUGUAUCGUCAAGCGGCUUCUCUGUCUUGCUCACAGCCUGUGACAAAUUCAGAUGCAGAAUGACGCCAGGGAGGAGGAAGGCAUGACGCAGGGGCUUUGGGGAGGCUGUUCUUGAAAGCUCGGGAAUUACUCAGGUGCUCAGAAGGAAGUGUUUUGUUCGGAAGAUACUUUCCUAGGCGCUCAUGUUGCGUUUUCUCCCCCACGUGUUAGCAAAACGGAUUCUCCCAUUUGUGCAAAGGAGCAUAUGCAAACAUAGGGCACAGGCCCUCUAGCUGGUGUUUGAAAUGCAAUCUCGUGGGGCGAUUCACAAAUAAAACAGCGGGAUGGUGAGCGUGCUCUGGCCACGGGAAGAUGUGGCCGGGAAGCAUCCCACGGAAGGAGCGAGUCCUGUGCCCGAAGCCGGAACGUGGUGCAUGGGGAGGGCGUCCUGUCCGCACCGGCCACCUCCGUGACCUCCACAUCCUCGGGCCCCAGGCUGCACACGGGCAGGAGGGCAGCCUCAGACUGGUGCUCAGGAUGCGGGCGCUGCCGGCUCGGGCUGCACAGACGGGGACCCCGCAGGGUCUCUGAACCAGGGUCAUCUUCAGGAAUGCGCCUGCGGCACAGCCAGCGACCCCCGAAGCAUGCUUCUCCUCGUGCAGUUUGUUUCACAUGAAACAAGAAGUGAUCCCCUUCUAAUCUAAUCUUUAUCCAAGCCAUACGUUUUCUUCCUAAAAUAACCGGUUUACCCAGAGUGUCUGUAUUUGAUGUUCACAGUCCUUGUCACUGUGUCAGAUACCUGGUUUGAGGGGCUGCCCGCGUCCAGGAUUCAGGUGGCCUUGCUGCAGACGUCUGGUUUGCACAUCA